AUGUCUCUCUUUCUCUGUUUAUCUCUCUCUUUCUCUCUCUUUGUUUCUGCCCCUCUUUUCUCUGUUUUAUCUCUCUCUCUCUUUGUUUCUGUUUUCUCUCUUUCUCUGUUGAUGUCUCUCUCUUUCUCUGUUUCUGCCUCUGUUUCUCUUUCUUUCCGUUUAUGUCUCUCUCGUUUUUCUUUUCUUUGUUUCUGUUUCUCUUUCUCUGUUGAUGUCUCUCUUUCUCUGUCUCUCUUUUUAUGCCUCUCUUUCUCCGUUUAUGUCUCUCUCUCUUUGUUUCUGUUUCUCUCUUUCUCUGUUGAUGUCUCUCUUUCUCUGUUGAUGUCUCUCUUUCUCUGUUUAUGCCUCUCUUUCUCCGUUUAUAUCUCUCUUUGCUCUUUGUUUCUGUUUCUCUCUUUCUCUGUUGAUGUCUCUCUUUCUCUGUUUAUGUCUCUCUUUCUCUGUUUAUAUCUCUCCUUUCUUUCUUUCCGUUGA